AUGUCGUCCCACAGGCACAAAGCCCUUGAAAUUCACAACGCCAUCCACCUGUUAAUUGAGAACUUAGUCAACAUCGAGGACGAGACAGGACGAUUCCUGCUACCACUUCCUGAUGGGCGCAUUAUUGAUACCAAGUCAUGGCAUGGUUGGGAAUGGACCCACGGCAUCGGACUAUACGGUGUGUGGAAAUACUACGAGCUAACGGGCCAGGAGAGAUUAUUGAGAAUCAUCGAGGACUGGUUCGUUGCACGAUUUGCUGAAGGUGGCACUACCAAGAACAUCAACACCAUGGCCGUCUUUUUGACUCUCGCCUGCGUUUAUGAGAAGACCGGGAAUGUCAUCUAUCUGCCAUGGCUCGAUGCAUGGGCUGAGUGGGCGAUGCACGAACUCCCCCGCACUCGCUAUGGUGGCAUGCAGCAUGUGACAUACAUCACAGAGAAUUACCAGCAACUCUGGGAUGACACUUUGAUGAUGACUGUUAUGCCACUCGCCAAGAUCGGCAAGCUUCUGAACCGACCCCACUAUGUCGAAGAGGCGAAAAAGCAAUUCCUUAUACACAUCAAAUAUCUUUUCGACAAGAAGACUGGUCUCUGGUUCCACGGCUGGACGUUCGAGGAUGGCGGACACAAUUUUGCAGAUGCGCGUUGGGCUCGUGGCAACAGCUGGGUCACAAUCGUCAUCCCCGAGAUCAUCGAGUUGCUCGACCUGCAGCCAAAUGACUCCUUUCGUCUUCACCUGAUAGAGACUCUUGAGGCACAGUGCGAGGCCCUUCAGCGUCUUCAGUCGUCAUCCGGCGCGUGGCACACUCUCCUUGACCACCCCGACUCGUACUUGGAAGCCUCUGCGACCGCUGGAUUUGCUUACGGUAUCCUCAAGGCCGUUCGAAAACGUUACAUCGGUACCCAGUACCGCUCCGUUGCUGAAAAGGCCAUCGCCGCGGUACUUGGAUACGUCGAUGAAAAAGGAGAAUUGCAGAACACCAGCUUUGGCACGGGGAUGGGUGACUCUCUUGAAUUUUACAAGAAGAUUCCAUUGACCUCAAUGCCAUACGGCCAGGCUAUGGCUAUAAUGGCUCUUGGCGAAGCGUUGCGUGGUCUCUUGUGA